GUGAUUUAACAGUUCCCUGUCAUGUCUGAAGUCACUGUUAUGCCAGGGAAUACAACUGCAGUGUUGGAGGACCAAGCUAGCUAUCCAUUGGUCAGCAAUGAGCUCCGACAGAUUCUGGAGUCCGUGUUUUAUGUCGCUCUAAAUGGUAUCCUUGGAGUGUUUGGCUCAAUCGCCAAUGUUAUCAAUCUAGUUGUAUUUAUCAAGCAGGGGUUCAAAGACUCGGUCAAUAUCAGUCUGUUUGGCCUGGCUGUGUCAGACCUUGGUAGUCUUCUCUUCAUCAUCUGGGAGAGUAUAUGUUUGAAUCCUUUGAUUUUCAACUCAGACAGUUCCUUCUCUGUCGUGGAUAUUCACUACCUUACUUCAGCUGUUCCGCAUGGGAUCUUUGUCCGCAUUGCAUGGUGGAUCACUGCCUUCAUUACAUUUGAACGUUGCCUGUGCAUAGCAGUUCCCCUGAAGGUCAAACAGAUCAUCACCCCCAAGAGAACCAUCUACGUCAUCAUCGUCAUCUUCAUAUUCACAUUCCUCGGGAUGUCUCCGUUCAUGAUCGCCAACCGAAUCGGCCCCACCUUCUCCCCAAUCCUUAACAGGACCAUCUACGCCCGAAUCUUCAACGACAACGGGCUGUUCGUGGAGAACUUUGCCCUGAUGUUCAACGUGGCCUCCCAGUUCGGGGCUUUUAUCGUUGACGUCCUCUCCACCAUAGUCAUCGCCCACUUGUUGACCGUCAAGUCUAAAUGGCGAGCAGAGGCCGCGAGCGCCAAAGAAGGUCUGUCCUUCCGGGACAAGAAAGUAGUCAAAAUGGUCGUUCUCAUCUCCGCCAUCUUUAUUUGCUGCCUUCUGCCUAGUUGCUUGAACUUUUUUCUGGGCGUUGUUUUGGCGCCUGACUACACCUUGCGCGGAGUGCAGCAGAACCUCUUUCUGGUGGUCUGGUCUGCGGUGCUUACCCUUGAAGCUAUAAAUAGCUCAGUGACUAUUUUCGUUUAUUACAAUAUGAGCAGCAAAUAUAAAGCUGUAUUGCACAAACUGAUAUUCGACAAGACAAUUAAACAAACUGGUGAAAUUUGAUUGAAAACCAAGUUAAUAUAUCUAACAGUAGAUAUUUUACAGGUUUACAAUAUAUAUCUUACCGAAGGUUUACAGAAUAUAUCAGUAGCUUUAUUGUAGGUAUGUAACAGUAGAUUUAAAGUAGAUAUCUUA